AUUAGACCACGACAAAAUUCCUCACAGAAUUCAUCUGCUGAGAAGUGUUCUCUCCAAAAAUUGCCGGGCUGUGCAUUCGUUAACGAUAUCCAAUAGGAAAUGUUCAAUCCAGUUUGCGAAGAGCAAUCUGCUAACGCAAUAAACCACCAUCUUGGGCGAGAUGAUCGAAACCUUCGAUAGCUAGAACAUCGCACCGUUAAUCCGUCGUCCUCGCAUCCUGAUUUUUUUGGCAUAAGCGUUGAUAAUGGUACUAUUUGACCAAUUCCAUCCCAUAGUAUAGAUUCUUUUUCCAAGCAUGUUUUAUUUGAGGGAUAAACGCUGGGCCAUUGAUCGGGCGCGUCAUAAUACAAUAAUAUUUUCAAAUCCUUUUCCUCGCCACUUAAUUCAAAUUCAUACCGAAAUAUACCUAGUUCUGUUAAAAAGCAGAAUCUCGCUAGAAAUGCCCAAUUCUGAAAGAAGAAAGUAAUUUCACUUAUUAAUUGACUGCUUUUCAAUAGAAUGCUUAUAAGAUACAUAAAAGAAAAUAAUUUAAAAUAUUAUUGAACAACGCAGAUUAAAAACACUAAUGAAAAUGAAAAUUCAUGGAAAAUUCGCAAUACUUCGCGUGUAACUAAGCGUCCUUGAAGAAUUUUCGUUUCUGACUGUGUACAUAAAAACGGAAAUAUGCAAGAAAAUAAUAGCGAUUUGAACAUUCUUGACACUCGACCGCACAAUAUUUCUCGUGACUGUGAAUAUCAACAUAUCCUUAUACGUUACCCGUUACCUGCUGCUUUCCUCAUGAUCAAUAUUUCCCUGCUACCUGCGGCUAUAAGUUUCAAUUAUUCUAUUGAUUUUAAUUGUAAUGUGGAGACUCAUAACAAAUAGAUUGAAUGGUUAAUCAUGUUUUGAAAGGUGUACAGGAAUAUGUGAUACUUUACCAGUUCCAUAUUUUUGAAUUUUAAUUUGAAACCGCCUAAAUUUUGUGAGUAUACAGUGUUGACAUUUGCGUGACCAUGACAUUUAAAUACUUGUUGCAUAAUAAUAUUGACAUGACAAAAUAGUGUAUUUGCCGUAACUUGGUUGUUCCUAAGUAUGCAAAGAAUUGGAACUUUGAAAUUGGAUAUUUGUAUGUAUUACUUUUUCUGAAGAUUCGUGUCAAGUAGAGCUUGAAAAAGAUUUGAUUUUGAAGCCAUCUAGCGGUGAAAUUAACGGAAUGCCGCUGCAAAUACACGUGCAAAAUUAAAGGAGACCCAUAGGCAUUGUUGUUCAUACAAGAUGAUUACAAUAAAGUAUUUGUCACACUUUUAAUAUUAUUUAUCAGUGAUUUGUGUUGCUUUAUCUUUUCAAAACAAAUAGACUUAAUGUACGAAGUAUUAUUCAACUUUGUUAACUUAUAUAGAGGUUACGAAAAACAAUAUAACCAUGAAAAGCAAUAAACAAAGCCAUAAGAGUUUUAAAACGUUGUGGCUUCAAGUUGAUAAAGAAAACACAGAUAAACAUCAACUGUUUUUCAAAGAACAUUCCAUAAGAAACCAGAAUCCUGAACAUCCAAGAGGCAAAACAUUAUUUGUACUAAAUAUUCCACCCUAUGUAACUACAGAAGCUCUAAAGAGUUUAUUUGGAAAAUGUUGUGGACCUAUUUGUAAUGUAUUUUUUACUACUUCAAAAGGAUUUAAAACAGCAUAUGUAGUAUUUGAACAAGAAUCUGCUUUAGAAAGAGCAUUAGAGUUUCCAGAGGAUAGUAUUAUAAUAUUAAAUGAUGACCACAACGUUUGUUUAACAGGAUUAGCCAAAUGGUGUCAAGAAUAUAAUAAUUCAAUCUGUGAUGAAGAAGAAAUGAAAAGAGAAAUUGAAAAUUAUAUGAAUAAUUAUGAUGAAAGAAUAGCUAACAAAUUAGCUAAUGAAAAAGCUAUAACGGAAGGAAACCAAGACAAUGAUGGUUGGAUAACUGUGACUGGAGAAAAGAAGAGAGGACAGUUUGCUCUUGCUAGAAAAGAAUCAGCUAUUAACAAAUUGCAGCAUAAGGAACAACAAAAGGACAAGAAGAAACAGUUGAUUAACUUCUAUACUUUCCAAAUUCGAGAAAGUAAAAAACAGAAUCUGGCAGAGCUAAGAAAGAAAUUUGAGUUGGACAAGAAGAGGCUACAAGAUUUAAAGUCAAAAAGGACAUUUAAACCAUUUUAAUUAAAUAGGGUCUUUAUAUAAAGCAUUUGGUAGAUACAAAAAAUAUUACACUAAUUUUCUAAUUUUAAUGUAAAUUUGACAUUUAUUAUAACAUACAAAUUUUGUUUACAUUAAUAACUACUACAGACAUCUGUUGUGUUGCAAUUCAAUUUAUGUACAAAAUAUGAACAAUGUAAGCUAAAAUAAC